AUGCGUCGUGUUUCACUUGUACCAGUUUACAUAUUUCUUCUGUUAUGUUUCAUAUACUUUUCUACAGCACACACAAUUACUUUACAGCCACAUGCAAAAGAGUGUUUUUUCGAAGAUUUACACAUUGAUGAUAAAAUGACUGUUACUUUCCAAGUGGGCGAUGGCGGAAAUAUGGAUAUUGAUUUUUGGAUAUUAGAUCCUGCAGAUCGAUCAGUUGAACAACAUUCACGGCAGUCAACUGGCACAUAUGGCUUAACGGCUCAACUUGAUGGCCGGUACACUUAUUGUUUCAGUAAUCAAUUUUCGACCAUUACCGGGAAAAUUGUCAGUUUUAAUGUGCAUGGGAUUGUUUAUGUACCGGAUGAUGGAUCUGAUUCACAUACAGAUCCGUUGGAAAAAGAAAUUCGCGAAUUAACGGACGGUUUAUCCGCUAUUCGUGAUGAACAAGAGUACAUUGUGAUCAGGGAACGUGUGCAUCGUGAUACCGCUGAAAGUACAAAUGAUCGUGUGAAAUGGUGGUCACUAUUUCAAUUUAUUGUUUUGGUUUCCGUUUGUUUUUGGCAAGUGUUUUAUCUGAAACGAUUUUUCGAAGUGAAGCGUGUUGUAUAA